UACAGGAGAUGACCAGAGACUGCGGACACAGUACAGGAGAUGACCAGAGACUGCGGACAACAGUACAGGAGAUGACCAGAGACUGCGGACACAGUACAGGAGAUGACCAGAGACUGCGGACACAGUACAGGAGAUGACCAGAGACUGCGGACACAGUACAGGAGAUGACCAGAGACUGCGGACAGUACAGGAGAUGACCAGAGACUGCGGACAGUACAGGAGAUGACCAGAGACUGCGGACAGUACAGGAGAUGACCAGAGACUGCGGACAUUGUACAGGAGAUGAUCAGAGACUGCGGACAUAGUACAGG